CAUAAGUUGUAUUAUGCUGAUCAGUCAACAAUAAAUUUGUUCGUCAACUUUUUAACACAGCGUGAGAAAUAUAACUUUAAAAGCCAGAAAAAAAGUUUAUCCAUAGGUGUUGAAACUCUCUAUUUCACCCUAUUUCCUAAGCAGAUGUUGACACCUAUAUCUCCUGUUGACUUCAUUUUAUUCAUGUUUUAUCUAUGUAGAUUUAACAGUAUGGAUCAGAAUAAAAAGGAGAUUUUAAAUAUAAAGGAGGAGAAAAAGAAACAGAAAAAUAAAGAUCCUGUGACUAAUUUUACUUCUCUCUUACCAGAAGGUGUUCGAAAUAUGAAAGAACUUAAUCGUGAUAUGUUCACUGUUAGUGCUGUUUUUCCAUGUAUAAUAUGCAGACCGAUCUCUUGUGGGAAAAUUUCAUCUAUGUUUCGUCAUCAAUUAAUAAACAGAUCAAAUUUCAAAAGAAUUCGGGAUGACGGUGAUAGUGUUGAAAAAAGCAAAAUAAUUUUACUGCGGCCUGACAUCACAUCCUUGGAUGAGUUUACAACAAGUCAGAAAACUAUUUUAGAUAAAGAAGGAGCAUUGUUUACAACGCAUGAAAUUGAGUUGACUUAUAAAGAUUUUAAUUUGGAAGAGAUCCUGAAAAAGGUUUUGCCUAAAAACACAGAGGAGUUGGUUAGUUCUUUUGAAACUGUUGGACAUAUUGCACAUGUUAACCUUAAAGAAAACUUGCUGGAUUUUAAGCAUCUGAUUGGUACGUUGUUGUUAGAUAAGAAUCCCAAUAUCAAAACAGUUGUCAAUAAAACUAAUUCUAUCGAAGAAACUUUUAGAUUUUUUAAAAUGGAGCUACUUGCUGGUGAAGACGAUAUGUAUGCAACAGUGCAGGAACAUGGUUGUGUAUUUAAGUUUGAUUACUCUACAGUCUAUUGGAACUCUCGGCUACAAACCGAACAUCAAAGAAUUGUGGAAAUACUAAAUCCAAACGAUGUUGUUUUCGAUGUUUUUGCAGGGGUUGGACCAUUUGCUGUUCCAGCAGCUAAAAAGAAAUGUGUGGUUUAUGCUAACGAUUUAAAUAAAUUUUCUUAUAAAGCACUGGUGCACAAUGCUGAACUAAAUAAAGUCAGUGAGAAUGUUAAAUGUUUUAAUAUGGAUGGUCGGGAAUUUUUAAAUCAGGUUAUAUGCAAGGAACUUUGUUCUAUAAGUCACAAUGUAACAAAGCAUAUUGUAAUGAACCUGCCUGCUUUAGCUCCUACUUUUCUUGAUGUAUUCAAGGAGAAAUAUGAUAACUUUGACAUACCAUUAACCCAAUGUAACAAAAUUUUUGUGCAUUGUUAUUGUUUCUGUAAAAGUAAAACUCCACAAGAAGACGCUGAAGUAUUAGUUUCAGAAUCUAUUGGUCUUGACAUUUCCACCAAUGUUAAAACCCACCUGGUGAGGAGAGUUGCACCGAAUAAAGUUAUGAUGUGUGUUUCAUUUAAAUUAUUUUGGUUUGAACCAAAUGCGUCAAAAUGCACAUGUGAAGAAAGUGUGACGUUGGUAACUAGAAAAAGACUGAUAGAAGGUGGUUGUUAUUCAGUUGUUGCUGAAAAAUCGAAACGUUUAGAUAGUUAGAGACAUAUCAUUCCUGUGAAGAACAGUAGCAACAAACACAGUGGCAGCAUUGUUAACCUGUCUUUAUUAACCUGUAAAUAUAAAGUGAAAUCAGAUGUAUGCAAACUAAUGUGCUUGGAUUUUAAAAACGAUUUUUAUUUUACUUCAUAUACAUACUAUUGUCUUUAUUAUUUGUUUAUA